AUGCUCCAAACCAGGAUACUUCGGAGAAUCUCGGCGAUGACGGCGUCGACGUCAUCAGCCACACCUUCAACUUCUGAAGGGCACAAGGACAGAAGUCGUUACAGGCCUGUGAUUGGCUUGGAAGUUGGGGGAAAUUGGAUCUUGGAAUCUUGAAAUAGUUUUUGUAGGUCCAUGUACAGCUAAAUACCAGAACGAAGUUAUUUUCGAGAACUCCCGCGGGUCUGGAAGCCGGUCCCAAUCGGCUGGUGUCACCGUUUGAUAUGGCUUUGCCUGGAACCAUGCCAGCUUUGAAUAAACAGGCAGUUAUGGUAGGGAUUUCUUGGUAGUCAAAAUUAAUUUUUCAGUCUUGAAUUGAAGGAGAAUACAAUAGCCCUAUCAUGCACUGAAAUCAGAAAAAAAACAUAAUUUUUCAACUUUUCUUAUUAGCUGAAUUUCAAAACAGGAUUUGAUUUUAGCAGUUUUCGGGUCCUGCGAGUGCAUCUAGAGUAAUUUAAGAAAAAAAAGUUUCUAAAUAAAAAAAAAUCUGUUCAGCCCGUCCGGCUUGGCAUACUGUAGGUUUAAAUUGUGCAUACAUUGAUCGCGGUGUUUGGGCGACAUCUUUGUUUUAGAUAAAAACAGACAAUUUCGAAGAAAAACUCAAUUAAAACGUUCAAAAAUAGAAAUCUUGUUUUAAAAUUCAGUUUCUGCCAACGCCAGCAAGACUUGAAAAAUGGCCGAACUUUUAGAAAUCCGUCAGUAAAAAAAAUCGUAUUUUCUGUUAUUUUUCAUCUUUUAAUGUCGAAAAUAGCCGUGCUCAUUUCAAUAAAUAGAAAAAAUGACAAAAAUGGUCAAUUAGGUCUAAACGGUUGUGAAAAAAAAUGAGAUCUUUUCAGCACGCCUUGAAAAUGGCAAAGCUUCUGAAAUGCACAGUCCCAGAAAAAUCCAGAUUCGACAGGAAACAUUAUUUCUACGCGGAUAUGCCUGCUGGGUGAAAAUUGAAGCCCCAAAAAAUUAGAAUAAUUGUGAUCUGAAGGUAUCAAAUAACCCAAACCGAUAUGCCGAUCGCACGCGAUGGCUCCUUCGCUUUCCACGUUUUCGAUGAGCAUGUUGAACCUUAUUGGAAAGAGGUUAUUCAAAUCAAAAAUUGAAAAUAAGAAUCACAAUUUUACAGGUUCCCAUAAUUCAACUACAACUCGAGCAAGACAGCGGAAAGACUAUUCAUCACGGAAAAAAAUGUCAUUAAUUGAUUAUAAUCGUGCUGGUGUGUUUUAAAAAAUUGAUCGGAAUUUCAUGAAUUGAAAACUGGGAUUUAUAUUCACAAGCUAAAUUUUUAAAAAAAUCAACUUAAGCUAUUUUUUUCUUAUUUUUUUGUAAUUCAACAUUUGCACCUGCAGCGGACGUAAGUUAACAGAUUUCAAUUGGAAUAAAAAAAAUAAGAGAAUCGAAAUAUGGAAAAUAAAAAGUAAAAGAACGAAAAUUGCGUCUCGUCGUGGCGGAACCCAUUCGCAUUGGCGCGCCCUUUCCUUUAAGUUAGCAUCUGCAGCGGGAAUAAAAAAUUAAUUUUUCAUUCUUGUUUGAGUUCCAGCUUCAAUUGAUUCUGGCUUUUUUUUUGCAAAGAGAGGUAUACUAUUAAUUGUACAAUUAGGUUGUUGAACGAUAUUCUGGAAAAACUUUUGUUUCAUGAAUUUAAUCAAAUUAUUGAAGGAAAGAAGCUUUCACCUCAAAAAUGUAAAAAAGAACCGUUUUUGAAUAUUUUUUGUUGUUUUAAUGUGGUAAGAAAAAUUGAAUUAUUUUGUUCAAGAGCGAUUCUUUUUUUUUAGUAUUUUUUUAUUUUAAUCAAAAUUUUUGAGGUUGCGCCCUGGUGGAAAUUGUAACGACGCCAUGUCUCCGAACGGCCCUCGAAGCGACUUGCUUUGUACAGCAUCUUCGGCUCAUCCUUAUGCAUUAUCAAAUUUGUUUAGGAGAACUCCAUCGUUAGUUUUUGCUCUGUUAUUUUUUUUUUCAAAGUAAAAACUCCAGGAGGGCAUUUGCGAGUUGAUGCCAAUGUUUCGCUUUCCUACGAUGGGAAACCUGGAACUCGUAUUGAGGUUUUUUAUUUUAUUCUUCAAAGUUUAAAAUUAUUUGAUUUACAGGUGAAAAAUAUAAACAGCGUGCGGUGUCUACAUACGGCGAUCAAUUACGAAAUCGAACGGCAAUUUUCUCUACUUUCUAGAGGCGAAAAGAUAGUCAAGGAGACGAGAGCCGCGGAUCCUGAAGGGUUCCGCCUUCUGAUAUGCUUCGCAAAACGGUAUUUCCAGCCGGACUGUGUCAAUGCGUGAGAAGGAGGACGACACGGAUUAUCGAUUUAUCCCCGAGCCGAAUCUCCCGUUGUUAAAAGUGAAAACUUGGAAAUAGGAAUUUUUAAAGACUCGCCUUUGUAGAUCCAACCAGAAUGGCGGGAAAUGAACGAUCGAUGGGUUGAGACUCAGCCGCCGCCAAGAUUUCAGAAAUUCAGGGAUGAAUUUGGCUUUAAUCCACGAUCUGCGCUCCAUUUGGCGGUAAGAAUUUCUCAAACUUCAUUCCCCUCUAGCUCGGAUCCCAUAGGGGCCCUUAAAGGGUGGCCUCUAGGGACCCCUUUACCAACCCCUAUAGGGACCACUAAAUCUCGCAAAAAAGCCCCCUAUAAGGGACAUGGUAGUCGAUUAUUUUCAUGCGAAGAAACAUUUCUUUGCGAAAAAAAUAAAAAAUAUCCUUUUUUGAAUAAAAUUGAACCACCUCUAUAGGACCACUUGCUCUAGGGGGUCACACCUUAAACCCCUAUAGAGACCACUUUGACUUUACCCCUAUAGGAACCACUUUCGGCCUCUAUAUGGGCUGUUUUCGCCCUAAUUACUCUAGGGACCACUUUUUUGAAUUUAAUUAGUUUUUGCUUAUGAAGUCUCAACACAGCUGUUUUGUUCUAUUUUCGGAACUGGAUCAUUUUGGAUUUUUUGAAGAUUUAAACGAAGCCUGUUUGAACGAUUUUGAAGGAAUAUAUGUCAAGAAGACGUUAUCGUGAAAUAUUUUCUUGUUCGCAAACAGAGUUUUUAAAUUGAGAAUUCCAGGAAGACGAAACUUUGUCAUCUUUCAUUGAACGUUGUGCCGAGCACUUUGUUCCCCUGGAAAAUCUUACCGCCAACGAUAUUUUGGUAUGGAUGAAGGAAUUGAAGACGACGAUGCAGAGAUCAAAAGAUGUUUAUCCGCCGGCGAGGUUUUUUUUUUUGACAUUGAAAUUUUGAAACUAUCAGACCAAAAACCGUAUCCUACAGUUUUGUGAAAUUCAAAAAUUUUUUCAGCAAUCGUUUCGCUGAACAAUUCGUCAGAGCCAUCGACCUCUACAAGAAGAACCGAAUCACGCGUCUGCGGAUGCUCGACUUACUGAGAAACUUGUCAGCUGACCAAGAAUCACGGACAGUCGAUCAGGUUUUUGAUCAACUCCAAAAUAAGUCCAUAUUUUCGAUUUCAGAUCCUUGACGCCGAAGAUUUAUGGAAAAUUGAGAAUGCGGAUGAAAUUGUGUCGGAUCUGCUCAAAUCUCAGGAAAAGAUUUCGGAGAAGGCGCGCCAAGGACACGCCAAAAGCUUUGGACGGCUUCGGAAUUUGGCCGUCGAAGGAUCCCGAAAGCGAAUCGACGUCGAUCAAAUCGAAGCCUCGUUGAAGCGGCUCCUUGGCUUGAAAACUUGA